GGAACGUAUUCUUUUACGCGGUACUUCGUAACGAACAACUGAUAAUGUUGAGCCCAGCGGUUUUAUUUAAUGCGAUUACAAUAAUAUUUCAUAUCUUACAAGUUUACUGCAAUCCAGCCCCAGUACAAGAACUAGACUUCCGAAGUUUUAUAGAACUGGUACAAAAUCACAAUGCUCAAAAGGACAGACAAGAUGAGUAUGACAAAUAUGAAGUAGACUCCCGAGAGGAGUCCAACAGCCAUUAUGGCUCAUUGAAAAGUCAAGAAAUUGUGGAGCUCGUACAUAGAGCUACUCAGGGUAAGGAGUGGAAUAAUAAAAUAUAUGAUGACAAAGACUCUGACGAAAGGAAAAAGGAGUCUAGUAAGGGGCAGUAUUAUAAAGAGCUGUACAAAGAAUUGGAAGAGAACAGUCUAAAUGAUGGUCUACUCUACAAUUAUCAGUCUAAUGUUAAAAAUAAGGAUAAAUAUAAAGAUGACGAUGAUCGUUAUCAAUACAGCCGCUAUAAUGAGGAAGCAUUGGAACAAUUGCUAACACAAAACGUUCUAGACAGAAAAUAUAAAGAUAAACCAAGACACAAACUCGUACCUAAUAGUUUAGCUGGGUCAGAGGAGUCAAAAAAUUACAGGGAUGAAAAUCGGGAUAAUCUUGGAGCAUAUUCAAAAGUGUAUGUUGUUCUGAAUCCAAAAGCAACCGAGAAAAGUCCUAACAAGGAAAAACUUAACAAAUUGUUAGCAAAAAUAUUAUCUUUGACGUCUUCGUCUUCGACAGUAGAAAAAAAGAACAGGAAAAAGAAAUACAAAGGCUUUUCUGUGAAGCCAGGGUUUUUGUCGAGGAGGGCUAGGCGGGACUCCCGGGAGAUGUUCGGCAAAGAUUCGGUAGAAGAAGACUUCAGGCCGAAGCGUUCCAGGAACGACCGCGGGAGCGGGGGCGGCGGCGGCGGCGCCGGCGGUCGCACUGCCAUCCCCUACAUCAGACAUCGUGGAGAUAUCUACGAGAGAGACAACUAGUUAUACACUGAGUAGUUUUAUAAUAAACAUUCUUAUACAGCCAUUA